CGUAUUGAAUUGCAUCUCUAUAUCCCACCAAAAUAGCAUGAAAAUCAGGUAUAGCUGUUAAGCUCAAUCUCUCUCUCUCUCUAGAUCUAUAACAGGAAAGCUCAUCACCAUCAGCUUAUUCACCAAGGCUCCAAAAUCGUCUCUAACGCGUAUUUCGAACAUUCUGGCGUCCCAUGCUUCACUACUAGCGUUCUUCAAGACUCUUUGGAAGUCACAUAACUGGCAUAAGGACUGGUUUGGUGUUAUUUAUACUACCUCAAUGUAAGGUGAUUGAUGGAUCAUAGAACUGAUGGAGCUCAAGGGCCUCAGUUUCUGGCUCUGGCUCGAAAAGGGUCGAUGUGCAAUCUUGCCUUUGAUGAUGUCCAAUCCCAAUUGGGGAACAUUGGGACGCCAUUGAAUACUAUGAAUUUUGAUGAAUUACUGAGAAAUGUGGUUUCUGUUGAAGAAUCUAAGAUGGGUCAGAAUCAAAACAGGUCAUCUUCCUCUUCAUCGUCUUUUUCCACUUCAUUAUUUCCCGGAGACAACGUUUUGAGCAAAAAAAAUGCUUCAGUUCCACAAGGAGAGACAACAGUACUGGAGGAUUUUCUAGCGCGCGCCGGCGUUAGUAAUCCGCAGCCGGCGAUGGUAAAUGAUCCGAUUGUGAUGGCGUCGGAGCAGGCAGACUGGUUGCAAUUUCAAAUGGGUGGUGUUCAGCAAGAGCAGAGUCACAUCAUAAUGAGGGAUUUUGAAUCUCAUGUUUCUGAUUCAAUCUGUGGAGACCCAGUUGAUGGGUACUCGGAGAAUAAUCAAUUUGGAAUGACAAUGCCAGUGCCAGGAAUGUCAGCAGUAUCACCGGAAUCUCAGGCGGAAAAGAAAUGUCGAUAUCCGGACGAAGUGAAGGAGAAGAGUGUUGAGAGGAGGCAGAGGAGGAUGAUCAAGAACAGAGAGUCUGCAGCAAGGUCCAGGGAAAGGAAACAGGCUUACACCAGUCAUUUGGAGCAUGAAGUGCUUCACUUGAGGAAAACAAACAGCAAGCUCAAAAACCAAAAGGAGGCAGAGAUGCCAUUAGCCUCCCCUGCUAUUCCUGCUGUUGUUAUUUUAAAAGAAAGCCACACUAACCAUAGCCACUCGUUUAUGAGAUUAUAUAUGAAAAAGGGAAAAUUAUUUUCCUUUUGGAGAUACUUCAUGGUUGAUUCCCUCUUACAAGUGAAAGAGGAGGUGUUCCCUUACAAGCAGCAGAAAAAGAAAAUAUUUUCGAAAUAA